AUGCAAUCUCUCCGGAAGCUCAUGAACAAGCCGCGACCCGACGAUUGGGCUCCUCUCGCAAAGUUUUACUACGCAGACGAGACAUUGAACGAUAUCGGUUUGCUUUCCCAUAACAUUCUUUUAGAACGAGAGUUUUCUCGAUUCUGAGAAGAAAAAUGUAUCAUCGUUGUAGCCUGUUCCUAGGAAUUCUUGUCUCCUUCAAUUUAGAUAAGAGACAAAGUUUUUUGUUUUCAAAUAAUCCAGACUUUUGAACGGAUAAAAAAACCAAUCAUGUAUGUUCUACUUCAGUGCUUUAUAUGCUAUUCAAGAGAGUCGCAACAAAAUUUGUUAUUCUCGCUGAAAUUUCAUUCGAAAACCAAAGUUUCAGCAAGCGAGUUGGACUCAUUCGAUGGUCGGAGAGAUCCUGAGCGUUGCAACGGCUUGGUAAAUAAACUACGGGUGGCGCAAGACCGGGUUUUACAUAUUAUUGGUUAGUUUCAGAGCAAAAUUUUCAAAAACAAGCCAUUUUUUUAGGGGAAAUGUUAGUGAUUUUGUAUCCACGCGAAUCUGACAGGGCGUGUCGCGACUUCCGCGUCAAAUUUCCAGACGAUAUUGUUCACGACACACUCCCAGGGCAGCUUUGGUUUGGGGCCGAGGUUGGGAAAAUCUGAAAAAGAUUAGGGGAACUCAUGAAAUUUUACAGUGCUUGGCAGCUGGAUCGAAUAUCAUCGAUCACGAAGCCGAGUCCGAUCACAUCCGACCACUUGCUAAAGAGCUGACUAGGCAUUUAGACCACUUGCGAGAUUUGUUAAAGGUUCAUUGAGUUUGAAAAAAACCUAAACAAAUCUUCAUUUCCAGGACCAAUCACUGCGAGACCCUUCUGCCUAUACCGCAACUAUUAAGGAUAGUUUGUUAAAGUUUGACAAACUUUUCGCGGAUUUUGAGUAUCAGUAAGUUCAACUUUGAGAGUAUGAGGUGUAGUUCAUUUUUCAGAUAUGUGUCCGCGAUGGUUCCUGUCAAGUCCGUGAAAGAGCACGACUCCCAACUUGAUGUCGCUGUUCUCUUCUCCGAAGUUCUUCACCGGGCAAUAGCCAAGAAUCUGAUCACUCAAGAUCAAAUCGACUAUUGCGAUCCUUCGGUCAUGAUUGCAAUCCCUCGCCUUGGAAUUGUCUGGUAUGGAAAAAUAAAAAAUAGUGGAUUUUGAUAAUGAUUUCAGGGGACUUCUCUACUAUCCUGACGGAGCUUUGAACGUUGAGGGACCCCAGGAGAAUCUUUCUGAAAUGUUCAGACCUUUUUACUCGCUUUUGAUCAAAAUCAGAAACCUCCUUCAAAUCUUGUCACAAAACGAGCUCAUCAAGGUUAGUUAUUAUCUUUUUUUUUUCACAACUCAAACAUUUCUCAAGGAUGCUUUGAUUAUUUUAAUUUCUCUACAACACACAAAAAGGAUUUUUAGGUGGAGCACGUCCUGUGCAAAGGAGAGUCGAACGCUCCUGAAGUUCAUACUGGAGCUCUGACGAUGAGCGACUACCGUGCCAACGAGGAGAGCAAGAAACGAAGCGGCUGGAUCGGCAAGCCUUCCUCGAGCAACUUGAAAGACAUCCUGUCUUCCCUCUCCGCAGAAGUCGUCGCCGAAUCACCAUCUCCUUCUGGCGAGGCUUCUGAAGAGAGUUCUGACGAAAACGUAGAAGACGAGGAAAGCGUUGAUGACGAAGAAGAAGAGGAUUCCUGCUCCGAACAAGAUGAGCCGUUGGAAGGGUUUGUUGUACUCGUUUUGUUCUAUAAAUUUAUCAUAACCUUUUUUAAGGUUUCCGCCCGAUCCGAAAAACCUACGCCAACGUUUCCGCUCAUCGGACGAUCUUGUGCACAGGUACUGAGUAAUUUUAUCUCCUAACAGAAAAUCAACAAACAACAUUUUCAGACUGUUCGUUUGCAUCGCAGGCGUAGCAGACCAAUUGCAAACAAACUACUCGAGCGAGGUCCGCAAAGUGCUGAAAAUGAUUCUGCAGCCAAGCGAAGUUAUCCCUGUUUAUGAGGUUUUGAUCAAAUUUCUAAAAUAAAAAGUUUUGUUGUCUUCUUUAUCUUGGUAAAUGUCAGAAUGAUGGAAUAUUUUAUAGGUCAGUGCUCAAAUGGCAGUCGGACCUGAAGGAGAAGAAGAAACGGGUAUUGAGGUGCAAGAAUCUCUUCCACUGCCAGCUUUCAUUGGUCAGUUUUUUUGGAUUUUUUUGGAUGGAUUUUUGAUGAAACUGAAUCUGUUUUUUUCAAAAAGUAAAAAGCGGGAAUUCGAAAUUUGAAAAAGGACAAAUACUGAGAUAAUGAAAAAAAUGAAUUUAAUAAAAAUCAUGCCCAAAAAAUAAACAAGAAUCAAAACAGAUUAGGAAUGAAAUUUACACAAAUCAAGCUGAAUUCUUGAAUAAAAAUAACAUUUUUCUGAAACUCAGCUGCAUAAGUAAUCUUCUGCAAAAAAAUAAAUUACAAAAAAAGUUCUUUUUCUAAUCUUCAUGGUUUAUUGGACUUGAUGUGCCGAAUUACACUGAGAUAUUGCUCUUUUCAUAAUCCGCGAAACCUCUGCAAGUUUUCAAUAUAGCGACUACCAAAAUGGCUUCAUUUAUCCAAAAAUAUCUUUUUUUAAUUCUGAAGUGCAGGAACUAUGAAGUGUGGUCCAAAGAAUGAAGACCAAAUAUAUUAAAAAUUGAUAUGAAUAGGAAUGGGGAAGUAGUAUUGACUUAAAGCGUAAUGACGGCAAUUAUGGUGUUUCUAGACCCACCCAAAAAAAAAUUUGCGCGAAAAGUUUGGAACUUGAAGUUGACUAUUAAUCCAUAUUGCGCCUCAGUAGACAGGUCUAUCUAAUUUUUAAGCAGCGUUUUGAUCUCGAAGUGAAAAAUCUUGAAAAUGAAACGCUUCAGGUGUUCGAUGGGUUCCCGACGAGGAUUGCGAGCAAUGUACCGCCUGCUCACUGCCGUUCACAGUUGUACGUCGGCGACACCACUGUCGGAAUUGCGGACGAAUUUUCUGCCAUCGCUGCUCUUCUCACUCCAUUUGCAUCCCAGAACUUGGUUACGAUCGAAAAGUAUGUUUUCAAAAAUAAAAAUUCAUAUUUUGGAUCGCUUAAUCAUGCCUAGCCAAAGAUGCAAAAAAAAAAUUGAAAAAUAUGAUCGUCUCAUUAAUAAAUGACAAUAGUUUUAGUAAACCAAACUGUUUCAGGCAACAAAUAUUUGAGGUUCUUAUUGUAUAAUGAGCAUAUUUUGCCUAACUUUCAAAAGAAAUGAAAAGCUUCUAGUAACGCUUUUGCAACGAUUUGAUUUCUAGAAUGGCGGCUUGAAAAAAAAACUUGAAAGCAGAAUCAGAGUCAAAAUAUUUUAGUAAGUUUAACAUUGAAUUUUUCAAGGUUCGCGUGUGCAACCUGUGCUAUCUCCAUCGCGUGAAUCCUUUCGGAUGCGUUGGCUCCAGUACUCCUGACGCCAAUCCAGCCACAGCUCCUCCUACCUCAAGCUGA